AGGCCACGCUAUCGCACUCUUUUACGUUCCGGCUUGGCCCAGCGAGCCGUCUCCCACCUCACGGCCUUUUCGCCGCCGCGCGCGACCGACCCUCGGAAGCAUUUCCCCGAGCACCUGCCCCGCGUGCCGUGCCCGCGCGCCCCCAAACCCCGCCGCCCCGCCCCUAAGCGCCAGGAACCCCGGAGCGCCGCCGGAUGCCCUCCCGCCGCCCGUCGGAUGGCCUCGGCGGCGCGAGGUAGAGUAAAGAGGGCCCCGCGCGACUCCUCCCCCCAUUCGGAUGGGGCGGCUCCCCGCGGCCGCGGCGCUCCUCCUCCUCCGACGCUCGCUCGGCGCCACCGCGCGCCUCUCCGCUCCGAGGUGUUUGGUGCGUGCCUUACUCCACGAGGAACAGCCCGCUGUGGGCACUAAUUCACCCAUGACUGUGCGUUACCUCCAAUGGUGCGCUUCAGAUAAUGACGACAAUGAUGAGGCCAUUGAGGCAUUUAAGCACUAUUCCUCGACGACUGCAAGUACUAGUGCUUCAGAUGCCUCAGCAUCUUCGGCUUAUGUUGAGAAGCUCUGCAAAUCUGGCAAUCUUGUUGAUGCUGUGCGUGUUUUGCGGCAUCUGCGUGAUGAGCAGAUCCACGUCAGCCUCCACACAUUCAAUAUGCUACUGCAGCAAGCAGCUGAAGCAAACGGCUUUGCUCUUUUCGCCAAGGUAUUCAGAUACUUGUUGCUUUCAAAACUUGCUCCUGAUUCAACUUCAUAUAUGAAUGUCGCCAGGGCCCUCCAGAAGUUGGAUGGGUGUGAAUUGAUACUCAAGUUUGUAAGAGAAAUUUUGGAAAUAACACAGGAUAGAGAUCCUACUGUAAUGAAUCGCAUAAUUUUUGCCACGGGUAAAUACGGAGACAUCGAUAAAAGUUUGGUCAUCUUUGAAGAGUUGAAGAAAGAUCGAACCAGCUUGGAUGUUGUCACGUUCAACACUAUCUUGGACAUGCUAGGGAAAGCUGGUCGGGUGGAUCAAAUGCUUCAUGAGGUGAAGCUAAUGGAAGAACUUGGCCAUUAUCCUGACAUUGUUACAUACAACACCAUAAUAAACUGCUUGCGAAGGCUUGGGAGAUUAGAUCUGUGCAAAAGAUUUGCAGGGGAAAUGCUUGAGAGAGGCGUCAAUCCGGAUCUUAGAACAUAUACAGCACUCAUUGAUUGUUAUGGACGGGCUGGCCAUAUUACUGAAGCCCUGGAAAUGUUUGACAAGAUGAAAAUGUCUCAUAAACCUUCAGUUUAUGUCUAUCGCGCACUGAUCAGUGACUUGAAAAAGGCUGGGCAGUUUGAACUAGCCCAAAAGAUCUCUGAAGAGAUGAAUUCAAGUGCAUCACAUUUAGGCCCUGAAGAUUUCAAGCAAAAAAACAAGGGAAGAUGGUUCAGGGAUAAAAGAUAACAAACCCGAUGAGUGAUAUUUGAGGCCUGAAUAUUCUGUUCUCAUGCGCAAUGUGCAUCGAUAUUUCCAUAGUACCAGAAAUUCUGGAAUGGACUGAAAUGUUCAGGAGAAUGUAUCUCAGAGAUAUGGGAGGGAGUAACAGACUUUCAGAUGACAAAAGCACAAUGAUUGGGAGGUCUCUGGUACAAAUUCAAGCACAAAAUUAUUCUCAAGAUUUGCAAUGCGCCAAAGAGACAUGCCAAUCUGGUACCUGUGCCUCAUCGAACGAUGUGCCAUCGUGGGGGCAUUGUAAAUUUGUGACAGACGUGAUCUGCCGAACCAACUCGAGUUUAAACACAUAGCUGGACUGUCACAUGACUUGGUUGAGGCUCGAGAUACUUGUGACGUGGUACCGUGUGCAUCUAGCCUGCUUGUGUUGCUGGGCAUCUCUACAUGUAAAGUAUCAGCUUCAACCAUUCCUUCUCAGUGUUGAGCAAAACUAAAAUGCUUCAUGUACAAUCCCUUUAGGUGGUUUUAUUUAACCAUAGGAUCCUGAGUUGCACUCAAAUUGUUGUACCUGUGGCUGUAGUUGAACAAAAUAGUUUAAUCAUGAGUCAGGAAUUCCUUUUUCUCCAAUUGUUCUGCCAUGCAAUCGGAAAGUGGGAUGUACUAAUAUCAGUUGAUUAAAUUCAUUUUUUACUUGAGUCA